AUGGAUCUUUCAGUUUUGCCAAAUAACAAUCACCCUGACAAAUUCCUGCAACUUGAAGUGAAAUCUUUGGUAAAGAACUCUUCACUUCCUCAAACUAAUUUCCCAAUAUUACCAGGUGGCAAUUAUCCAGCUGUGCAGCACUGGGAUAAUCUGGUCUACUCACAGAGAGAAAAGCGAAAUGUUGCUGAGCAGCUUGGCGGUAAAUCAAGUAUGAAAGACCCAAUGAUUAUCAAUUGUAUUCUGGGUGGACAGAGUACUUCUACUUUCAAACUGAAGAAUAAUCCUUUAUAUGGGGACAUAAGGCUAGAAGAAGUCAUAGAAGAAAGAAAACAGAGCCCUUCUUGGACUGUCCAAGACUAUGAUAAGAAUUCUUUGCAAUGUAACCUCUCUGGCUAUUUGAAGGAAAACCCUAAUGAUCUACGGUUUUGGUUGGGGGACACAUACACACCUGGAUAUGAUGCCUUGUUGAAAAAGAAAGAGCGACAAUGGAAGCAAUCUAAAUAUUGUCGAAUAAGCCUGAUUGUGUUGGUUACUGCCUGUAUUUUGGUUUCUAUAAUUACUGUUUGCAAUCUCCUUAUCUGAGCAAUCUGCCAUAGCAAAACUGAGCAUGGAGAAGUUCUCUUUCAAUAAAAAUUUGCAUAAGUAUGUAUUCCUAUUUUAAUCCUGUGUCAAUGCUGCACCUUGACAUGAAGGUAAACAUGAGUUCUUUUUUUUAAUAAUAACUUUUUUUAAUUUUCAAAACAUAUGCAUAGUUUUCAACAUUUAUCCCUGCAAAACCUUGUGUUCUAAUUUUUUCUUCCUCCUUUCUCCCACCCCUCCUCCAG